AUGUCGUCUCCUCCAAGCACCCCCACCCACCGGCCUGCGUCUUCGCACCGUCGACACCCCUCCAGUCUGGACAUGUCACACAAUACACAGUCGAGACGACAAUCCUUCAACCGCCGCUCUUCUGGCUACUCGCCCAUAACGCCGCGAUCAUCGCACGAAUUCGAACACAGCCCCGCACACCAAUUCGACGGCGGAGGAGACGGCAAUGGCCUGGGCAACUUGGCCGACGAACUUGGCGAGGUCUGGGACGACGAUGAAGAGGGCAUGGACGGCGAAUAUGACGAGGAGCUGGACGAAGCCCAGGACGAAAACAUCGGCACUGCUGUAGAACACGAUGGCUCUUAUGGAGUCGACAGCGCAGCUAGCCUCAAUGGCGUACGGGAUAGUGGGGUUGCCAUGCAGGACUCGUCUCCCGCGCGCCUCAGUCCAGGGUCGGCCGUUAAGGCGAAAAAGCACACAAGGCAACGGUCGCUGUAUGACGGCUCCGACUAUGGCGACGACUCCGAUCUGGAAAAUGAGGGCAUCUCGCCAGCGCUUGACGCGCGCAUGUCUGCUAUUGAGAGCCUGGCACGGAGAGGCAUGGAGGAGAAUGGAAGCGCGUCAGACGAGGUAGUCAAGAGAGUCACGCAACAACUUCGCGAUCUUGGCAGUCAAAUUGCUAUGGAGAAUGGAGCGACGAGACUAAAGACUGCCCACGAAGCCCUGACAACGCAUCUGACACACCAAUCGCGUACCCUUACAUCAAUCGCCGUAUCCUUCUCAGGGCCGUUUGCCAUUCUUCCCGACCCAGACGAUAUCGAAGAACUCCUCCCUAUGAUACAGUCUACGCUGGAGCUGCUGCCCCACCCUUCCGCCGAUCCGCUCGUCGCACUCUCCCAUCUCACGCACUCCAGCCGUGAACUCAUCCAACACCUCUCCAACGUCAGCGACACACUACACAUGUCACGGCAAACUACUGCGAAUGCUGCCAGACGGCUCAAAGUCAGCAAAGAACAACUGCAGGACUGGAAACGCGACAACGAAAAGACACAAGAGGGACAAGAAUACAUUGAGCGUGGGGACUGGGAUCGACGGCUCAAAGAGAGGGAAGCGAAACGGGCCUGCGCGAACGUCUUGGAUGGAUUUGAAGACGUUUGUGGACAGUGGAGGAAGAGGCUCUGUGAGGGUCUGGGCGUGGCGAGCGCGGAUAUUCCUGAUGAAGAAGUAAAAAUCUGCCCUUCUUGGCGAACUCCAGAUGCCAACAAACCGCCGGAACCGCCGGCGAAGCCAGUCGGCAUCUCAGCAAAGCUGCCUAAGAAGAUAACCCAGCAGCCUAGUACAGACUCGAUGUUUCCAGAUUCCGGCGAUGAUAUGCUAAUGGAUGGCCACUGA